ACCUACUUGGGAAAUGCCAAACCAGCUGAGCCAUCAGUAGCCAGCAGUGCUGUGAAUCUGAUUCAACAUGGAGCACUGGGACUCACUGGGAUUUUUGGUUGUCACUCUCAACUAUAAUGUGACAAUUAUAGGAAAGAUCUGGCUAAUGCUGGUAGUUCUGCUGCGAAUGGCAGUGGUGGUGUUAGCAGGCUAUCCGCUCUAUCAAGAUGAACAGGAGCGCUUCGUCUGCAACACCCUGCAGCCUGGAUGCUCCAAUGUUUGCUAUGACUUGUUCUCUCCCAUAUCUCACUUCAGGUUCUGGUUCAUACAGACUGUGUCUAUCUUGUUACCUUACACUGCAUUCAGCGUUUAUGUUUUGCACAAGGUAGCAACGUACAUUGUAAGAAAGCACUGUUUGGUGUAUGGAUGCAGAGGGAAUAAGGGUUUAUUAAACCCCAAAGACCUGAAGGAACUCUGUAGGAGUGAUCUUGUCAAUAGAUUGGAUUGCAAUGUGGACAACCUAGGUGUCCUCAAUUUUUCUGGGGCAUAUGCUGUUCAUAUUUUUUUUAGGACACUGAUUGAGGCUGCUUUUGCAGCUGCACAGUAUUUCCUCUUUGGAUUUUUUGUUCCCGAGCGCUUUUCCUGCUACCAUUCACCUUGUACAAGCACAGUUGAUUGCUACAUCUCCCGGCCCACUGAGAAAUCCAUCAUGAUGGUUUUCAUCUGGAGUGUCACCAGUCUGUCCUUUCUACUCAGCCUUGCUGACCUUGUCUGUGCUCUCCGGCAAAUGACAGCAAGAAGCCAGAGGAACAAGCAGCUGGCCAACCCCCACAGAGAGAAUGAGGGCCUUUUAAAUAUCCCCCCAGCACAGUCUGGUAGUUCUUCCUCUCCCCAGAAUCAAGACUGCCAAGCAAUGAAUGGCAGCCAGAUCAGCGACGGCUCCUGCUCACUUCUCUGUGAAGAGGAAGAGGAAGUUGCCCUUCAUCCUGAAGAGGCCUCUCAGCAAGUUGCCAGCACUAACCUUAACACCAACAGCCAUAAGCCCUGUGUGUCAGGAGAUGUUGCUGUUAAGCAAGAUAGCAUUGAAGAACACCUGUGUGCUGGUGACCAGCAAGGAACUGCAUGCCAGCAAGUGAGACCUGGGCUCCAGCAAAACUUCAUUAAAGAUACUGCCCUGACUUUGAGACCUCAGAUCAAGUCUCACCUUGGAGGUUCUUCCUCUGUAGUUCAGAGCAAGCUUUUAGGAUACUGCCCUUCAGCUGAGCUAAAAAAUCCUGAUGUGCAAUCAAAUUAUAGCAGUACUAGUUGCUUGAGAUCAAAAAAGUCUGAAUGGGUGUAGAGCCCUGAGAGAACCCUACGCUUUGGGCCAGCAGGACAGAUUGCUGUGCUCAUGAGGGGUGUCAGAAAGUCACAGGGGCAGAGACUUGCUGCUUUGCUGUAAGUGACUAACCGAAGAAGGAGAAACAAACCUCCACGGAGGAGGAAGGAAAAGCUCAAAUGAGAAUUUAAAGGAUAUUGCAUUAACUGAACUGUUUUUAUGAAAAUAUAACAUAUUUACACCUUUCUAGCUGUGACUCUAAAAAGCUGUGGACCGUGACUGACCUGUUGUUCUAAGAGUUCAUUUGUACAGUUGUUUGCUCUCACCUACUGUAACAGAUUGAACUUAGGAAAGGUGUGACUCCUAAGCACAGUUGUAUGUUGUCCACUCUCAGAAGGUUAAUUGAUCUCCUCACAAUAAACUCCCUAAGCCCACUCUUAGAAAGGAGAAAGCAAGAGUAGGUAACAAAUAAAAAUGAUUGUGUUGUAGCAAAGAGUUAAUAUGCAAAGAAAGCCUGGAUCUUAGAGAUUUUUCUGUAUUGAAGACCACACCUGCACUCGUUAGCAGCACCACAGCAGUACUUUCUCUGGCCCUGAGAUCAGCUGGCACAGCCUGUCUAUGUCUGUGUUACUCAGCUCCAUGAACUCCAAAAUGAGGUGGCUGCAUGGUUGGUUGCUGAGCUGCAGAGCUGCCCAGGAAGUGAGCAGCAUCAGCUUGACACUGUGGGGCUGAUGCCCAUGCCCUGGCAUUACUUACUAUGUAUGAUUGUAGAUCUACUAAUGACAUGUCUAAAAAGUGUUACAUCCUAAUCUGAAAUAGUCACGCUAGGCUCCCUGUUUCAGCAGGGAAAAUGAUUCAUCUGAUCUGUCCCAGGCAUCCCUUAGGUUAACGUGAGUCACCUUCUGGAUGUACCCAUUUCUACCAUUAUAUGAUUAUUCCAGACCUGAGCUUAGGGAAAAUGAUUUCUAAUCCCAGAGAAGAAUAUAGCAGCAACCUCUAUGCAAGUACUCACCCUCUGUGACUGACAGACUCUAAUCAUUGGAAAACGUGCCUAAAUGGGGUGAAUCACAGAAUAACUUAUUGCUCUCAUGCUUUGUGCUUUCCUUCGAUAUGAAUCCUCUUGCAUUUACAUAAGCGUGGUCCAGCAGUGAAGCAUGGCAGUGUGUGAGCUGAAUUUCCUCAUAGCUGGUAAGUGAGUGUGGGCUGUAAGCUGCGUACACCUGCAGUGGGGGUGGGUGCAGAGCAGCACGUGCCUGGGGAAUGCACCAACAGAAGAGCCUUUACACAAGCUGCUCUGUAGGGUGACACAGGUGGGUGUCAGUAGCCUGGAACUGGAGCAGUUCCCACUCCUCUUAGACUUAUGCAAAGAGAAAAGAAGCUGAGAGCCAAUUUGGCCCUCACUUUGCCAUAUAACAUGUAUCUAAUGACUUACAGGCUGGUUCCUCACCACAGCAACAAGGGAAAACAGCUUUCACUUUUGUCCUGUUCUCUCCUGUGAGUGCACGUGCCUUUGGGACAGUCUGGUUCACAACUCUGUGUAUCAUUCCUCACACAUACAAGGUAAAGAUCAGCACUUAAUGAUCCCUCGCCUUCUCCAUCCCUUCAGGAACUGGGAACCUUACUGGAUGGACAGAAUUACUCUUUGAAGGCAGAAUUUACUUUUGUAAAGUACCUUGCCAACCCUGAAGUGUGCUUAAUUGCUACUUUCUAAGCAAUGUUUUCCCCUUCAUUAGCCGUGUUUAUUUCUUUUAUCAUGCGUGCUUGCUGUAUGUUUUGUCAUUUCCAGGACAGAAGUGGCAUUAAUUAUUAAAUUUAUCAUAGGCAGAAAAACAUUAAAUAUUUAAAUUCCUCAUCCUCCAAAGCCUCUGUAAUGGGGUCUGUGCUGAUUACCCACACCAGAACUAAAGACAGCAACAAUGAGACCUUUUGUGAUUCACUGUCUCUUCUCAGCUGUGAGGAGGAAUGGAAGGAACAAAUGUGGAUUCAGGCUGUUGCAUACAUCCCUUGGUGUGAGAUAUAAAUAGGAUGGGAUAAAUAAUAAAUGUACUGUGGCUGGACACAGUUUGCUUAUUUGUGUCCUUAGCUAGACAUGUUUUAGAGCCUCAUUUCAGAGAAGAUCCUCUUUGCGUCUGGAAUAGAAAGUGAAAUGAGUGAAAAUCUCCCUUAUUCUGUUUGUCAUUUCUGGUCUUGAAACUGUGGCCUGGGUUUGUGCCGUUCAGCUGCAGACCUGGCUGCUGCAGGGCCUGGUGCACCCAUCAACUGCUAACAUAAACACCUGUGCAUUAACACUGCAGGAUGUAUGAUGUCAUAUGGUACAAGAGGGAAUAGAGACUUCUGGCAUCAACCACUCACUCCUUAGGGAAUGUCUCUAAGUCUUCUAAUAAUUCUUUGCAAAUUUUGUUUAUUAAAUUAUAAAGGCGUGGUUUUACAAAGCUGGAUGGAUUUACCAGCGAGGGAAGACCAAGGGAAGAUGAGCAGAGACGUUUGUACUGUUCUGAGCUUCCCCAGCUCAAGCAAAUUAGAAGACAUUGCAUCUGCAAUGGGAAUAAGGAAGCACUACAGAUCUCUUUGAAAGAAGGAACACAGAGGAUCACUCCUAUCCUUAUAUUCUCCUUGUUUUCAGUAUCACUGGUUGUUAAGACACUAUGAUGAUACGCUGAUAUCAUUGAAAGAGAAUAAAGGAGUAAUAGAUGUAGAGCAAGGAAGUAACAAGAUUUUAUUCUACGUAAGCAAAGCUGUAGUGUUCAGACAUUACUUUGUACUCAGAAGAAUAUUGCAAAACCUGCUUGUUAAGUUUGCUGUGUGUCUUUAUAUCUCUUCUUAACCCAGCUACUCCAGAAGAGGCGUUUCUGCCUGACCAUACCACUCACCUACCACUGCCCUCAGGAUGCUCUGUCACUCUGAUACUCUAGCAGGAUGUUGGAGACCUGUACUUUUUGUGUUCUGUAUGCAGUAAACCAAGUAUCUCUGGGAGUUUGGGCAGUGUCAGCAUGAUUAAGAAAC